AUGGCGCUCGGAAGUUUUGAUCUUAGAGAAUGGGAACAUACACGUAAUGCUUCGGGUAAGGAAUCGACGUUAGUACUCGGUAUUUUGUUUAAUAUAAUGCGUGAUACUAUUGCAGUCAAUCCAGCUUUAAUAAAAGAUGAUAGUAAUACGGUAGUCACCAAACGCUCGCGUUGGUGGGAGGGACCUGAUUGGUUGCGCCGCGAUGAAUCUAACUGGCCUUGUUUAAGAGAAAAAGUUAACGAGGAUGAGGUUGGUGCAGAGAUGCGGAGAUCGGCUGAACUUACGAUGCUAAAUGUAAACGACGAAGUAGAUUUCGACAUAGUAGACAAGUUUUCGUCGUAUAAUCAAAUGAUUAGAUUUUUUGCUAUAAUGUUAAAGUUUAAAAAUUAUAAAAUUAGCGGCGAGUUGACAAACGGAAAAAAGUUGACAUUUAAAGAGAUCCAAAAUACUGAAACACAAUUUUUAAAAGUCUUACAAAACAAGAUGUUUUUUCGAGAAAAUAAAGAAAAAUUGUCUACUUUAUCAACUUUCGUUCAUUCUGAUGGUUUAAUUCGUCUAAAAAACAGGAUUUUAGAGCGUGACGAUAGUUUUGGUUUCUUGUGUCCAAUCGUACUGGAUUCAAGCAAUCAAGUGGUCAAGUUGCUCAUACGAAAGACCCACGAGAACAUGGGUCACGCGGGAGUGCAGACAGUCAUGUGUCAAAUUUGUGAAAAAUUUUGGAUUUUGUCAUCGCGUAAAACUGUUCGCUCUGUUAUAAAGAAAUGCGUUGUUUGUAAUAGAUAUAAUUCGAAACCUUUGAGUGUAAAUCCACCACUUUUACCUGUUCAUCGUGUCAAGGAUGCUGCUGUAUUUGAAGUGAUUGGGGUUGAUUUUGCGGGCCCGGUGUACUUGCGUGGACAAACGAAAGCGUGGAUUUGUCUGUAUACAUGUGCUAUUUAUCGAGAAGUUCAUCUCGAAUUGGUGACCUCUUUGUCCACGAAUAAUUUUUUAGAGAGUUUGCGUAGAUUUAUUGGACGUCGAGGUAGACCCUCUAUAGUUUACAGCGACAACGGAACCAAUUUUGUUGGCGCCGAAAAUGCUUUUGAAGAUUUAAAUUGGGAUGUCAUCGCCAAUUACAGUCAGGCUCGGCAAAUAGAUUGGCGAUUUAACCCACCAACUGCCUCAUGGUGGGGAGGUUGGUGGGAGCGAUUAAUUGGAAUGAUGAAAGUUAUUCUUCGCAAAGUUUUAGGAAAAGCAUCUCUUACAUUUGAAGAGAUGUAUACCGUUCUAUGUAACUGCGAAUUGAAGUUAAAUUCAAGACCUUUAACCUAUGUAUCAGAGGAACCAGACGAUCUAAAGCCUCUAACGCCUGCAAUGUUUUUGCAUGAUCUUCGACAAAGUGAGAUGCCUGAUCUAGAUAUAAUUAAUAAAGUCGAUUUGAAUGGUAGAUUUAAGCGUAAGCGAGAAAUUAUGGAACAUUUGCGAAAUAGAUUCCGUAAGGAAUACUUAAGUCAAUUAGUUUCCAAGUUUAAUUUUAAAGAAAAUCGAAAGAUAAAAACCGGCGACAUUGUACUCGUAGGAGAUGAUAUACACAAGCGAAUUGAUUGGCCUCUAGCUCGAAUCGAAAGACUAAUUGAAGGUAGAGAUGGCACGGAACGCGUUGCCUAUUUAAGGACAAAAAAUGGCGUUAUCAAACGUCCUGUGCAGCGUUUAUAUCCAUUAGAGUUAAGCUACUCUUGCGAAAACGAAGCUACGAUAAUAAGUAAUAAAAUGUCGGACGAACCUGGAAGUGAGCCUAUUGUAAUCGCGAAAGAUUGUAAAGCUACGACAUCGAAAGAAACAGAACUUAAAACUCGCUGUGGUAGAAUUGUUAAAAAACCACGGUUUUUCAAAAAUUGA